UUCAUUUCUAUUGGUUAAUGCAAGUUGUUGGUUGUUGCUGGUUUUUUUUUUAUUAUGUCAUUGUUAAAAACCUUUACAUUGUCAUAUCAUCACAUAAUUAAAAUGGGACUUGGACAGUAUUAGUUUAUAAUUUUGUUUGACGUCAGUCUUCAGCUGUAGAAAUGUCGGUGUUUAUGAUAGUUCCGGAUGAUGCUAAAAUAUUAGCGAAUAAACUGAGGGGAUCGUUACAAUCUAAUGUGGCUCAUAUUCGUACAACGACCCUGGAUGGAUUCCUGGAAUUAGGAUCAGCACUGAACGAUAACACUGUCAGAGUUAUUUUUCUUACUGCUUUACUGUGGCAAGACAUUGAAAGGCAACCGAAAAAGGAUGUUGGUUAUCUGUUUUCAAAACCAAAGGACACCAUAGUGCUUAUAUCAUGCGCUGAACCUAUAAAGAAAGCGGCUGUUGACAUGUUUUCAAAGAUGGUGAACAACUGGGAGUCGGUAGGAUUGUUUGAAGCUUCCGGUGAAGACUGGUUUAACGCGGAAGCGAGAAUAAAGUAUCGUGUGGCGGAAAACGAGAAUAGGGAAGUGCCGUGUGCAAGCAGAUAUCUUAUCAAACCAGACACGAUUUCAACACUGUCUGAACCCCAGUCUGAAGUAUUUAUCAUCUUGUUUGAUGAUGUAACUACCGAGCACAAUGACGUCACGAGACUCGAGGUUAAAGAUGGCGAGAACGUACAUCAAGCCAGGAAAAUACAACCAAAUAUCUGGUCGUUCAACGUAUUUGAGUUUACUCUGGGAGAGCACGAUAUUAGAGUUUUGGCAGAUGACGAUGAUAUUGGACCAUAUUCGUUACAUAUUCGAGACAAAGAAGCCGUCAGAAAAGAGUUACUGACUGAUUUAAAGAAGAAAGAUCCGAAGAGAUUUAUCGCUGAGCUUCUGAAUAUUAACAAAGCUGAUUUUGAUUGUGAUUUGAUGGAUACGAUCAGUGGAUCAAGUGGUGUGUCUUUUGUUGAGAUCCUGCUUAAAUAUGGGGAAGAAAAUGGUUGUGAAUAUCCAAACUUCGCACAUUUUUGUGCAAAUCAUAGUCUUGAAGAAAGUGCGACAUGGUGCGCAGGCAAUCUACCGAAUUUCCAAGAAGCCUGUAAGGUUCUCAAUAACGGCGGACAAACACCGCAACAAGUUGCCGUUGAAAGGGGAGAAACCCCUGCAGUAAUUAUUAUUUUUAUUUUAUUUACAUGAAUGUUAUAUAAAAAUCGCCGUAUUACCUUUCCAGCUUUUAAGAAUUUUAUUUAAACUUUCAGGUUGUAAUUAUCAAUAAAUUUGGCCAUCAGCACCAUCUUUGGUGUCUCUCCUUACUUCUUGUCAUUUUAUGUGUUAGAAGUACGUCGCAUGAUUACAGUUCCUGUUUACUUUUAAGAUGUUAGAAAGUCAUAUGGCAUUAAAGACUAAAUGGUUUGGAUUAACAGUAACUGUUGCUACACAUUUUUCAAACUAUUUACUGUUCUUUUCUUUAUUUCCAGUUGAUUGAAGCUUUGGGAGUUAAAGAAGGUUGUAUACUUUGAAUUACUUUGUUUUUUUUUAGCUCCACUUUUCGAAGAAAAAAAGUGGAGACAUUGUCAUGACCUAUGUCGGCAUUUGCGUCGGCGUCGGUUAACCUUUUUUAUAAGAUCCAUUCUCUCAGAAACUAUAAAAGCUAUUCACUUCGAACUUGGUUAACAUUUUGUUGUCAUGAAACGACGCAAUUUCAAAAGGACAGAUAAUCAUAUUUUUUUGUCAAAAUACUGCUCCUUUUUUACUUAUAUUUUUAGCCCUGUUUAUACAUUUUGUAAAUGUUUCUUGUUACAGUAACUAUCAAAGCUAUUCACUUCAAGCUUGAUAUGCGUGUUACCUAUCAAAAGACAAAAACUGACAGCAUUUCAAAAGGACAGAUAAUCCUAAAAUUCAUUUUUGCACAGUACUGUUAUGCUCCUUCUUGAAUUCAUCAUUUUUCUGUUAAGGUUAAUUUUUCAUUUAUUUCAAAGUUAAUCACGUCAAAUUUGGAAUACGUUAUAAGUUUUUAAAGUGGGAUGUAUUUUUAAAGGGCAGGUAACUUUUGAUUUUUUUUCUGAAUUAUUCCCCCUUUUGAGUUUGAAUUUAUUGGUUAACUUGUUUUUAUAUAAAAGUACAAUUCUCAAACAGUAUAAAAGAUAUUCACUGUAAACUUGAAGUAAUUGUUCACUAUCAAAUUUGAAAAGCAUUUAUAAGGUGGAGAUAAUCCUGAAAAUCUUUUUUGGUUUAUGCUUUAUUCCUUCUUUUUAUUGGUAUUCACGGACACGUGACGAUAUUUAACUUCACCAGGAAGUCCAAAGCAUUCAGAAUGUAUAAGCACAGACAUCUUGAUAUUAGGAAGUAUUCCUUUGGGGUUUGAGGUUAACAAAAUAUCUGAUAGCAAACGAGAGAAAACAGUGUUUUUGUGAUUAUUUAAAAACAAAGGAAGCAACGUUUAGUAACAAAAUGGCAAGUUGGUUAAUUUUAUCUCAACUAAACUAUUAUAAAUGCCAUUUCUUCGUUUCCUGUAAAGUACAACCCGUCUAAUCGGACUAGUCCAUAUGAUUUUCAUGAAAGCAUCUAUAGUCUAGUCUGAUUCCUUGCCUUCAUUUACUUUACUGUAAGGGGAAGGAACUCCAGAAUACAUCUAUUUCAAUGUUUAUUAUAUAGCCCUUUUCAAUGUUAAAGUAAACAACGUACUGUUGAGCAAAUUGAACGAAGCGUUAGUGAACGACCAUGUGUUUUUAUUGUUCAAUAGUUUUUGGUGCAAUUUCAUACUGAGGGAUAUUGGGAAUGAACGCUGAUUCGACAUCAGCAUCAUUAAUGCCUGAAUACUUAGCUAUUAUCCGGCUCCUCUACUUGUACUCCUGUAUUAUUUUAGUAUUGUACCAGAAGGAAAUUUGGAGGCUACCCUUGAAAUUUUCCUUGUUCACUUAGAAUAUUUACCCUUUUCUCAAAAACCGUUUAAA